ACUAACAAAUAUCUACAUUGUGGCAAAGACAUCACAGGGCUUAAGAUGGGGAUAUUCGGGGAUGCAAAACCUUUAACUGUAGCUGGCUUUUUAAGUGCUAUUGUUUCUUCUGUGUUACAAUUAAUUGGCUUCGCGACCCCUUUUUGGAUAUAUGUAAAAAUACAAGGUGUAGCAGUUCAUAGUGGUUUAUGGCAGGCAUGUAUUUCGACGACAUGUACAAGUGGCUGUGGAGUAUUUGGUUGUCCCAAUGCAUUGAAAGGAACCCAGGCUUUAGAAACAUUAGCGUUUAUCAUCUUGUUGGCUGCUGUUGUCCUUGUAGCAGUUCAGUUAUUUGUGAUGAAGGAUAAAGAUAUCAUGAAGAAAGCAGGAGCAGUUUGUUGUAUUGUAGCAGGUGUUUUUGCCAUCAUUGGAGUUAUAGUAUAUGCUACUCAAGAAGGUGUAAAAAUAAGUACACUUCAUUUUUCGUUUGCUUUUUGUGUCAUCGCUGCAGUUGGUGGAAUAGUUGCCGGUGUUCUAUUAAUAAUUGGAUGAUACUGGCUGUUUGAUACUGUAAUUAGGUCAUAUAAGUUCAUAGAAAUUGACGAUAAGGUCAAGAAAUUACUGGACUAAUCAGCAUAUUUUAUUAGUUUGAAACUUGACAUCGGAACAAAUCGUUCAUUAAAGUGUCAAUCUUAUUAAAAAAAAGGUAUUAAUUAAAUACAGAACUAGAUCACUAUGCAAUAUC